GGUAAAAUAUUUUUCUUUUUAAAAUGAAAAAAUUUAUUUUGCAAAUCGACUAUUAGAUAUUUCCCAUUUCACCCGUUUUUAUUGCAAUUUUAUUCGUACCAUUUGGUUUGUGAUUGAUUAUGGGUAGGAUUCGAAACAAAGUAAUAAAAAAAGCUUCAAAAGAGAUAAUCGAAAAAUUUUACACAAAAUUGGGUAUUGAUUUUCAUACCAAUAAAAAAAUUUGCAAUGAGAUAGCUAUAAUUUCCAGUAAACGAUUACGAAACCAAAUUGCUGGGUUUGUAACACAUUUAAUGAAACGAAUCCAAAAAAGGCCAGUUCGGGGAAUUUCCCUCAAACUUCAGGAGGAAGAAAGAGAAAGACAUGAUAACUAUAUUCCAGAGGUAUCAGAAAUAAAAGUUAAUGACAUAGAGAUUGAUGUUGAUACUAAAGAGAUGUUGAAAUUCUUGGAUUUCGAUAAACUUCCAGUACGAGUGGUACAAAUUCAGCCAGUGGGAUUUAAUAAAUAAAUAUAUUAGUCUAUUUAAAUAAAAUUGUGUUGAAUAUAUUUAAAGAAUUAAAUCUAUCCUUUUUUAUUAUAGGUAGUUAUGUGUUUAUUCUAAUAGAAGUGAUAAUUUG